AUGGCGCCAGAACCAGCUUCCCGCCGCUGCGACGAUACGCACAUGAAGCUGCUGUGCAGCCACGGCGGCCGCUUCCUGCCCUGCGGGCCCGACGGCGAGCCCCGGUACGUCGGCGGCGAGACGCGCGUCCUCGUCGUGCCGCGCGCAGUGUCCUUCCGAGACCUGGCGGCACGGCUGGCGGAGAUGGCCGGCGGCGGCUCGGCGAAGGAGGUGCGCGCCAUCAGCAUCAGGCACCGCCUCGCGGACGAGGGCCUCGAGGACGUCAUCGUGACGGUCACCUGCGACGAGGAGGUCGCGCACAUGCGCGACGAGUACGACCGCCUGCGCGCCACGCGGCCGGCCGCGAGGUUCCGGGUCUUCGUCACCACCGCCACCGCAUCGUCCUCCGCCGGGCCAAAGAGAGAGACGACGAAAGCCGGGAUCCCACCCCUGGCGCCGCCGUCGUCGAUGCGGCGCGUGCAGAGCGAGCAGGCGGUCACCGUGCGAGCGCAGCACCAGCACCGGCCGACGCGGCGCGUCCACAGCGCGCAGGAGCUCGCGGGAGGAGUCCAUGUGCAGCCGUCCUUCCACCACCACCACCAUCGCCACCAGCACUGCUGCUACUGCUGCUCCUGCCAGCGCCGUGACCGGUACACGCCCGCGCCACCGCCUGCGCGCCCGACGUACGCACUGCCCUACAUGUCCAAGAAGGUAGCCGCCGCUCCUCCUUCGGUGUCCGCGGCGGAGGCGGCAGGGCGGGUGACGGCGGUUUCCACCGAUGCAGCAGCCGCGAGGGAGAAGGCAACGAGCAGAGACGUCGAGACAGCCGUGCAGAACAGAAGAGCGAUCUGGGAGCUGGAGUGA